ACAGGUAAACCCUAAUCUCUCAAUCACCUGUGCACCCUUCUUCUUCUUACAUUUUUUGGUAUUUCACCGAGUCUAUUUGGAAUUUUCGAUUUUCAUCUUAGUGUUGUCUUUCAAAUCGCGGCAAUUUUGAAGUUCAUACAGCACAGGACACCGGUAACGAUUGAUUCCAUUUUGAAUUUGCUACAAAUUUGAAAUUUUGUGCAUAAGCAACAUAAAUUGUGAGGCAUUAUGGGAAGCGAAGAUGCAAGAGAUCCACUGAAAGGGGUGGAUUGGAAAGCCGUUGGUGGCGAGAUGCAGCAAAAUCCGAGUGUUCAACCAGCUCUGAAGAAACGAUUUCCGAAGAGAGUUAGGCAAAUUCCUGAUUACUAUUUCCUUCCCCGAUGGCCACUACCCUCUGCGAUUUUCUUCUGCACUGCGUGUGUUACUGCUGGAAUUGGUGCUGGAAUGCUUGUGGAAUCAUGGAUUGAUAAGAAAGUUAAAGAAGAUGGAGGUGUUAUAUGGGAGUUUGACAAAUAAAACUUUUGAUGAUGAUAGAAUCAAUGUCCACAUGCAUGGCGGCCUCUCCAGCAUUUCCCCUCCAAACAUAAAUGGCAAUCCUCAACCUUAUCCAGACUUAAUAGUUUCAAGGAUUAACUUUCGUGUUCUUGCUUCUACUCUGUUCAUUGAAUAGUGGUUCACAGUUGGCAGGCAGAUGACUUGUUAAAUUUGGGAAACUGAUAUUUUUUGAACAUAAAACACCCCAGCAGCAACUAGUUGAGCAUAGAUUUUUAAUUCCAAUUUAAACCUGCUCACGUAUUCUAUGAGUCUAAUUCUAUGUUCGGAUUAUGAUCAAUAAAGAGGUUAGAAAUUGAGGUCUC